UUACUGUCAUAAAGUGACAGUUUUUUUAACCGCAAUAAUUUGGUUUGGCUUGUUUUGAGGUUAUAACUCGUUUUCAAUGAAUAUUUGUGUAUUUUCCUAUGUAAAUAAUAAACUGUGACUAUGUUUCCAUUACGGAAUAAACUAUGCUUAGCUCUUAUACUUUACCUUUACUUUAACUCUUGUGAUGGUGCCAAAAUUAACACGCCAAGAGUGUUACUACCAUGGUUCCCGAAUUUGUACGUUAAUUUCACGUUUGAAAUAAAUGAAGGUGGUUGUUAUACCUGGAGUUUGUCUCGCGAUGACAUCAUCGAUAUUGAGCCUCUUUACGAAGAUUCGUGGGGUCAUUGUUCACGGGCGGCACGCGUGUCGGUCUCCAAGACAUGCGUGCCCCCCGGCUCGGUCAUCAUCCUGGCCGAAGAGACCAACACAGGGGAGGUGCUGCGCGGUGAUGUUGAUAUAGAUGUGAUCAGCUCCUUGAAAGUCAUGAGCACAACAUGGAAGCUCUAUUUGGAGGAGGCACCUGAAGCUUUUGAAGUGGUGGCUUAUGAUGAUCAGGGUAAUACUUUCUCAACAUUGGAAGGUCUUAGUUUUAAGUGGACUAUUGAGAAUACUGGUAAACAUGUUGGAGAGGAGCCCUUGGUCAUGCUGGUGAAGUGGAGUGACACAGACUAUGAAGCCCCACAAGGAGUGACGGAGCUGGAGAGUAAAGGCUUCAGGUCAUACACAACCCUGCUUUAUGGACAGGCAAUGGGUGAGUGCCGAGUGCAUGUUUGCCUCGAGGAUGUCUGCACUGACUUCAACCUGCAUGUGGUGGCCAGUGUGGUGCUAACCCCUGCAGUCGCCACCAUCGCUCCUGGGGACACCUUGCGCUAUAGGGUUGUACGAGCAAAAGCAGGCCGCCUGACUGUUCAAGACGUAGCCGACACUCUAUACAACAUCAAAUUACCUUCCACCUCCAUCGCCUCCCUUGAAGACACCAUCAGCCUGGUCCGAGGCAGCGCUCUAGGAACCACUCAAGUCAUGCUCUACUCUGGAGUCACUGAAGUCGCAUCAGCAGUCUUAGUUGUGGCCGAGCCUCAUAGCAUAAGAGUGACGCUACGACCGUCGAAUCUAGUGAUCAGUGGGGAAGUUUUCACCAUACACUGUGUGGUGUUAGACAAGGAUGGACAUAUGUUCACGGCUGGUGAUGAGAUGCUGAUCCGAUUGACGGUCGGCGGCGAAGCUAAUGUGGACUUGUUGAGGUCUACGGAGAAUGGGACGAUUACGGAGGCGGUGGCCCGAAAUGCUGGCCCGCUAUUGGUCAACGCUAAACUGUUUUCUGUGGCUGGGAAGUCUUUGUCGCGUAAGGUGGAAGGUCACGUGUCCGGUGUAGCAGUCGAACCUCUAGCGGUCGUUCCCCCAGAAAUAUAUGUUGCUUGGACAGAAGCCACACAAGACGUAGCCCUCAAACACCGCGGGGGAGGCGACGAGGCAGUGAGUUGGAGCGAGAGCGACGAGCAGACAACACAGCACGCUCUGUCUCUGUCUAACGACGGGCUGGUGACCGUGCGCGGUGUCGGCCAUAUUGGAGUCAAAGUGCACUUGAAGCAGUACCCUUAUGUGAAGGCUUAUGGACGGGUAUUAUCAGCAGUAGCAGAAUACAUGCAGGUGUCGGGCUCGGGGCGCGCGCGCGUCGCCGCCCCCCACCCCCUGCACGUGGCGCUCACCGGCACGCACCCCGAGACAGGGGAGCUGUUCAACUUUCACAGAUGUGAUUGCGCCUCCUUCUCGGUGACGUUACUGGAGGGUCCCGAGCCACAGAAUGUGACCGCCGCCACUUGGAUCCAGCCAGUUGAGGGCGCGUGCUGCGUGCUGCAGGUGUCGUUCAGCGCGCGCGGCGUGUCUGUGGCGCGGGUGUGGCGCGGCCGCUCGGGCGACACGGCGCGCGUGGUGGUGCGCGAGGCGCCGAGUGUCGUGUGGCCCGUACGAGCCGCCAUGCUGGUUGGCGCUAGUUUACCGGUGCUAGCCCAAGGGGAGUCGCUAGUCGCUCAAUCUAACGACCACCGCACCGCAGACUUGAUGUACAGAGACGGGAUGCCUCCGCACCGACACCCCGACUUGCAGCUGUUCACUGUCAAGUGCCAGAAGAAAGGCGAGACGAAGGUGUCAAUAAGCUCUCAAGUGGAGGAUGAAGAGUCAGCGGUUCUAGAGACGGUUUGCGCCGCGCAGGUCGCCAAGAUACGUCUCGAGCCUGUGCCUAGCGGGAACUGCUCCGGGGGACCCAGAUUAUGGCUUCGUCCAGGACAAGAAGCGAAGCUGAAAGUAUCGCUCUUUGACGCGGUAGGCCGAGAGUUGUUAGACGAAAGGGGACCGAAAGUGUCAUGGGAACUUAGCCCUACACACGUCGCCAUAGAGUACAGAGCCGUCGACAGAUUGCUCAUUGAAACGCACCCGGAAUAUGCCCCCGUUCCAGUGCCUUUGAGUUAUUAUCAGAUAGCGGUGGCGAGUGAGCAAGCGGUGGGGUGGUCGGGUACCCUGAAGGCGUCCAUUCCCGACGCCACAGCCAGCAUUCAGGCCAAAGUUGUUGCGCCACUGAUGAGCGAUUCACUCAAGGUGAACCUAGCGUUCGAAGGCGAGACAGUCACAAACAUAGCCACAAUAACCGGCGGCAGCGGGCGCUACGCCGCCGCCGCGCCCACCGGCGUCACGGCCCGAGUGGAUGCGGGGAAACUGCACGCGACUGUACCCGGCCCGGGGACGUAUGAUAUUGUUGUCAGCGAUCUGUGCGUGCCUGAGGAGAAGGUUUAUAUUGAGGUGAACAUAGAAGAGAUCCUGAGCGUGGAAGUGUCGGCGCCGCGAGCAGUCUGCGUCGGCAGCUGCGUGCCAAUAACAGCCCUCGUCAAAGGCACAUCACACCGCUACCUGCGCACGUCACCCACAACGGAAUGGCGGGCGAGCGGUGACGUCAUCAUCAAGGGCGACAAGGCGUGCGGGGUGCGCGAGGGCGCGGGGAGGGUCGCCGCCGGACAAGCCAACGUGUGGAGCGAACAGAUUGAGAUGCUGGUAUUCCCUCCGCUGGGCAUCCUGCCCUCGCCGCUAGUGGUGGCGGUGGGCGGGCGCGUGCAGACGCGGCGGCUGGGCGGGCCGCCCGCCCAUCUCGCCACCUUCCACUAUGACGUCACACAGGACCAGCAUGUCAAGGUUUCACCAUCCGGCGUAGUCCACGGAUUGAGCAUCGGGACAGCUAAGAUAGUGUUGACCGCGAGGGACAUCAACAACAUCGACAUGACCAGUGCUGAAGCUGUGGUCGAGGUGGUAGCAAUAUCAUCGCUCCGCGUGCUAGCCUGUUCAGACCGCCUAUUAGUCGGCGCUCCCUGCCCGCUGCGAGUGUCGGCCGAGGCGGGCGGCGCGGCGCUCAGCGGGCUGCGGCCGCCGCCCGCCCUAGCCUGCACGCUCGCGCCCGCCGCCCACGCCACGCUGCAUCUUACACAUAGAGACGAUCAUAUCGAGCGAUCUGCAGCGGAGGGGCUGACGAUGCGUGUAGUGGCACUGAAGCCGGGACUCAUCACCAUCAACUGUCGGGUGCGGAAUAUGGGACAGUGGUCGGAAACCCGAAUAUGGGACAGCACAAUCGAAAUCCUCGCCAUAUCCGAGAUCUCAGCCGCAGUCGAAGGAUCACCACAAAGCCUGGCGCCAGGGGACCGUAUUGACGUAGCAGUAGGGUCGACAAUCCGACUGAAGGCCACACCGAGGAGUGAAUGGAGUGCUUAUAAUAACGAAGGGGUGUUUGAACUGUCUCCGAGCGGGGAGCUGAGAGCUUUGCAGCCAGGGUUUGGAAUAGCAGUCGCGCAGAAUCGAGACGAAAGGAAUGAUAUUAAUCGGCAGCAGGUGAUCCAAGUGCAAGUAUCCGUCCCGCACUACUCGACCGCGCAACCGUCCACCUCGGACGACGAACAUGCGAUACGCGUCGUGUUACGCGACUCUGUCGGACGCGAGCUGCUGGCUCCUGACGCCAAUGUGUCUGUCUACCCGCCUGUUGGGAUAGUGAAGCGAGCUCAACAUAGUGCCCUCGGAAGUGAAAUAAUCCUCACAAACGUAGAAGCCGGCGGCACGUAUAUGACGUUCGAGAGCUCCGUCAGCGGAGUCACGGUGAAGGACGAGGUGUGGGUCGCCGGCCCGGACCAGCAGACUGAACGGAUUGUUGCAUCAGUAGGCUCAGUAAUCUGCCUAGAAGGAGCCGGGUGGCGCGGGCCCGCUUCAGCCGGAGUCCUACCGGGGUCCGCAGUCAGUGCAUCCGUACCUCGGGCCAGCGGAGUGAUGGCUCUGAGGGCUGAUAGACCCUCGCGAGCGGUUAGCUUGAGGGUUGUGCCGGCUAAUCUGGAGUUCCAGCCUGGCGAUUGGCCUUCAACCCUAGUGCCGCUGACCACCCGCGCGCAAGGCCUAUCUCCAGACCUGCUAGUGUGUACUGAACAACAGCGGCUAUCGGCCGAGGAGCUAACUCCAGAGCUACCGAUCACGUGUCGCACGCACGCGCCGCACACCGCUGAGCCUAUCGUUGAUUUUGUUAAAGGACAAGUCGGCUGCACCAUAAUCCCCGGAUUCCCAAUUCUCGACGCCGCAGACGUCGAACUAUGCGCAGAAUCGGGCGCCGCAAAAACGUGCACCCGAGUCACUCUACUACCGCAAAUAUCCGUCUCCACGCACAAAGUAUCGCUACUGAACCCUCCAACAGAGUUUUCUAUCUCUGGGCACCCGCGCGCGUUGAAACAUGUGAAAGUAACGCCAUCUCCCGGCCUGAAGCUUGAAACUACUGCACAAUCGGGAGAUAUAAGAGUGGAAGUGAAAAGUGAGGAUUUAACCUGCGGCUUCGGGUGGGUGAAUGUGGUCUCUAAGCUGACGGGACAAGAGUUACGGGUGGAGGUGGAGAAAGAGUGCGACGUGGCGUGCGGGACACUGCUAGGCGCCCUGUUUUCGCUGAUCAAGCCGUAUCUGUCAACGCUGGUCACCAUUGGAUUGGUGUUUGCAACUUAUUUGUUUAUCCAAUCAAAAUUGGAGAGAAAAGCGACGAUAAAGAUGCCCAUGCCGCCCAGCCAAUCAGUGUUGCCGCCAGCCAACACGUCGACGCCUCUCCACCAAUCAACGUGGUCGAGAAGCCCCUACGCAAGCGGCCCGGCGGCGCCCAUAUACGGCGAUGCCAGUAUGCUACCCGAUAGCAGUUUCUCUCCUACCAACUCAAGAACAAAUUCCAGAUUCUUGUAGCGACUCUUUUCGUGAUAAAUAUGACUUUUUGUCUAUUCGUUAUGGACAAAACAGUGUUGUGUUAGGUUAAUCGAAGUUCAAAGUGUUAGUUAAUAACGGUUCAAGGAACUUUUGUGUGUGUUUUUGUUAAUGUUCAUUUUCAUUGUUGCUAGUAGGUAUAAGUAAGGGACAUAAAGUGAUACUAACGUUAUCAAGUUUGGACAUAAGGUUAGGCUUUGUCUUAAAUUCUUUCUAAUAAUUAUAAUGUUGACCUACUGAUAAAAUACUUAUGGACUCAAUUUAAAUCUUCAUUUGUUUAUAGCGUCUUUCACCAUUUCGCGGAAGUCUAUAAAGAGUAUUAAUUGCAUUUUUCAUUUGACGAUGUAACUUUUACUAAUUAUUCUAGUCCAUAAUCCUGAUCUUAAUAUAAUAAGUAGGUACUUAUUAAUACUUCCGUGCUUUGUUAAUAAAUAAACUGUGUAUAAGGAAAAGCAUAUACCAUUUUAAAAAAGCUAAGUUUCUUUUUUGCAUUAGAUUUUAAUCGCGAGUAGGUACAUAAGUGCUUAUUC